AUGUUCCUGUCUGUCUCUCUACUAUGCUCCAUCAUCCACUCUUGUGCGCGUCCAGCUCUUUUUCGAAGAGGAGUGGCCACACCCUUUGUAUCAGCACUACUAAACUUGGCUGCUCCUCCUUCACCCUCUUCUUCAUCUUUACAAUCUGAGGCUCAAUCUAUGAAGAAUCGGGGUUUAUCGAAGAUGAAGAUGCAACUGAAAUUAGAAGCCAUGAGUUUGAUCCACGGUGAUGGUGGUGAUAGCAUGACAAAAUGGAACAAAGAUUCAUGCCAAGCCUUCUUCAAUUUUCUGACUCACAAACAUGUUUCAAUUGCAUGCUAUUCAUGCACCAGACACAUCGUUCAACUUGAAUAA